AUCUUUGGUGAUUACUCAACAUAAUCUUACAAUAUUUAUCCUAUCUUUACCCCUAUAUUCAAAUUUCCCUUGUUGCUCAUCAAUUCUUAUCAAAAUUAUUGAAAUAAUAUAAUGCAUUUAACCUCUACUCUAUCUUAUUCCUACAAAAAAAAUUUACACUUUUAAUUUUAGGUAGUAAGGCAUAGUCAAUUAAGCUUAAGAAUAGUGAAGUGGAUUUUUUUUUUUUUUUUUUUUUUUUUUGACAAAGUGAAGUGAAUUUAGAGACAAUAACAUUCACUAUAGCUGGUGGAAGCAGUGGGCAAGCUGUGGUAUAUGGGUCUCCCCCGCGAGCAGGUCGCGGACUAAACUGUUGUUGUUGUUGUUGUUGUUGUUGUUGUUGUUGUUGUUGUUAUUGGAAGUUAACUUGUUGAGCAGGAUAGGCUGCGGUAAAGGUAGGUGGACUGCGAUAGGGUCGCGGACUAGUCUGACUUAGGCUCUUCAUUGUUUACUACACACUUUAAUAACAUGACACUCUCCCUUUAAUAAAAGAAAAAUACGGAUCAUCGUAGCCUUUUGCCCUCUCUCGUCCCUCUCCUCUCCGUUCUCCAUACUUGUAUCCCCCAUUGAAGCAGAUUCUGUGGCACAAUGGACAAUCCUCUCAAAAAUGGUAGUUGUAUUAAGAGACGAACAUCACCCACUCGGCAGCCUACCUACUUUGCUAUCGAAGGAUCACCAUUGUUAGAAUUACUGUCUUUGAGGGUAUUAAUCACGGAUUGAUGGAAGCCGGUGAUAAGUCUGAGGCUCUCUUUGUUCAAAUAUUUGGUCAUAUUCGCCUAAUUGAUGAAUAUGGUAAUGAAUUCACUUUCUUUAAAAGAAAGUCCGUUGAGGCUAAAUUUGUCUAUUUAGAUGGCACAAGUGACUCUUCGGUAAUCCUCCAAAGUUCUGAUUUUGACAGCCCUCACUGUUUGCCGAGUAAAUUUUAUGUUGAUUUCUAUCUUAGAGACAAGCAUCGUAGUAUAGUAAUUGUGGACAGUGGCGGACCCAGGAAUUUCCGACUGGUGAGUCACAAUCGAUAACUAAAUAUGUAAAAAAAUUUUUUUACCAAAAUUCCUAAGAAAAAUUAUUUACAAAGAUCAUCCAAAUAGAAAAUUGACAAGAUUACAAUACUAACUUAUAAUUAACAAGCUUAAAAUUGACCUAAAAUAAUAAUCACAAUAAUUAACAAACUAAUUUAUUUAUUUAAUUUUUUUUUUAAGAAACUUAAUAAUUUUUUUGUGCCCUGGUGAUUUGACCCACCAGGCACAAAGGCAGGUCCGCCGCUGAUUGUGGAUGAUUGCAAAUUUUUUGAUUGUACUAACUUCGUUGUUUACGACAAAGUACAACAAUUUGACUUUUAUCACACAAUUUAUGUGAGUUAUGUUAUAUUUCAUUGUGCCCUCGUAGCUUGUGUGUCUAUUGUAGUUGAAAAUAAUGGUGAAGACACCGAGGCUAUAUGUGCUCAAGUUAGCGGUACGAUUACUGCUAGCAAUGAAAUGAGUGAUAUGUCGUUCAUAGAUCGUACUAUUUUCGAUAAGUCAGAGGAGUUGACCUACGGUGCUGUGAAUAUAUCGUCGACAUUUGCUGUUCCUAGCCAUUCCGUGCUUCAAAUUCAUUCAAAUAUCAAGGUUAAUGAUGACAAUGUUGCUGCUAUUUUGAAAUUUGAACCUUAUGGCAAACCCGGCUUAGCCUUUCAAGAUAAAAUUUUUAGGGAGAAAUCUUGUAUCCGAGUGUUUGUUGAGUUUGCACCGGCUAAAAGUGUCCUCCUUGAAUAUCCGAUAAGUGAAUGGAAAGGGCUGAAAACAUUUGAAAGGGGAUUUGAUGAAAAUAUCAUAGAAUUUUUUGAAGAUCAGUAUGUGAACUUGAUGAUUGAGAUGCCUACUUUUACGAGGCCAACAAAUAAAUUUCUAAAGAAAGACCGGCUCAUUUAUAUUCAACCACAUUUGGAACAUUUGAGGGAGAUGGAAUGGAACACAUAUUCUGACAGUUAUGAUCGUGAUGCACUUAUGGAGAUUUUUUCAGUGUCUGUACAUCCUAUUUGCGGUGAUUGUGAUUCAUUUCGCCUCAAGGGAAUUAUUAAGGCAACUGAUGGAUCAAGAAACACGGUUCUUUUUGAUGGAGACAAAUUGCCUGUCGAUUUAUUCCCCAAUGAAAAUGUUCGACUAAAAGGUCCCCGUUCUUGUUAUAGAGGUGAAUAUUUUGGUAUAUACUGUGAUUUGAAGGACGAUGAGGGACGAGAAAUCAGCUCAGGAUAUGCGACAUAUGAUUUGAGCACAAUUAGUUCCUGGUAUAAUAGGCGCAUCUGUUCAGUUGUAAAAGGAAUAUGGUUUUGCAACUUUGCAUUACACAAUUUUCAGCGAUGCUGUACAAGCUAAACUUAAGUUUAGCUUAGAAUGUUUGGAUUCAACAGACGUGCGAGUUGAAGUUGGUGGGUGGGCUGUUUGCAGAUAUGGUAACUUUGGAUAUUCUUCUCAUUAUGCGAGAAAGUAUUAUCAGAGUAUUCUUUUUGGAGAGCCUGGGUCCGUGAAGUUAAUCAAAGGUCAAAUUCCGUUAUUAAAAUCCAUAGUUGCUGUGCCAUUGAAUUCAACUCUCAUUGUGUUGGCUAACUUCCGGGUGUUCUGUGGAGAUAUAUGUCGCGAGGUUUUGAGUUAUAGCAAUUCAUUCAACCCUGUAAAGCCUCAACGUCCAGAAAUCAGAAAUGAUGUAGUGCACGGAUCCAACUUUAGGUUGUUAGUUUCUGUAGAAUGGACUGGCAUAUUAUGCUUGUAGUUGUAAUGUAGGUUAUUGGUUUGACAUAUUAGGUAUAUUUGGUUGUUAGAAGGGUGUUUAUGGACAACUAUGGUUAAUUUAUUUUUAUAUUUAUCACGAUCCUUAACUUCCA